AGUGACGUCAAAUAGCACUCCCACAUACGCCCCAACAACAUAAACUCCGAUUUACUCAGUACUUUAGCCUCCAUCUUUCAUUUUAAAUUACACCUGUGAUCAUCGCACCUGGGAGGCUUUGGCAGCCCAUUCAGCGGCUAUUUACGUCCUUAAAAUCUUAUUAAAGGACUAGACUGGCUGCAGCAGCGUGUGUUUGUGUGUUAUCGCGUGUCGAUAAGGUGGAGGUACUGUUUUAACCGGGAGAGUCGAACUGCAGCGCGGACUGAAGUCGCCCCCGGUGCCGCGGUGGUUCCUGUCUUUCUCUCAGUGUGUGGGGGUGUCUACCUCUCUCCCGCCUCUUUCCACCUGUCUCCCUCUCGGUACCGUUUCGGGUCCAGUCGCCAUCUCUGCUUUCGAGGACGACAGUUGUCAGGAAACGACUACGAAACCCCGGCGGGACCAUGUUGACUCUACUGACGACCAUGUACCUGGUGGUGCGAGCGGUUUCCUCACGGGUGAGUGAACGCAGCACAGCCGUAUACACUGGCGUCGCGGGGACGCUGCUGACCGUGCGUCCUUGAACGCAGCAUAACCGUGACAUUCUUGGUUUGAAGUUGACCGGCAGAAACCGACCGGGCUCGUUUCUCCUCCAGAAUCUUUUAGGUUGAGAAAUGUCUGCGCUAGUUUUGUGUGUGUCAUUUUGUUGAUUGACACUGCGGUGAAAAGAAAGCAUCCCCUGUGCUUUCUUUCUUUUCUUUUUUUAACCCGGGCCUGUCACCGUUUGACUGAAGGUGAGAAAAUGGCCGCCACAAACUUUUCAUCACCUUCGAGUAGGUGAGGCAUCGGCAUGUUGCGGCCUUUUCUGACCCCCGUCAUCAUUAAUUCAGGAAGAGUCGUUCCCACUUGGCAAAGUAUUUAGUGCCACAGUAAAGUCCAGUAGGGUUAACAAUUCAAUAUCCGGUCAGAGCUUUCAAAAUAAAGGAACAAUACUAAAGGACACAAAAAGUCUAGUAAAACAGACUCAUGUACUUCUAACUGUUAAACGACUGAGACACUGGAGAAGGAGAAGUAUUAAAUGUUAACAAACGUGUAACACGGCUUAAUUACUCAUAAUAAUGGGAUAAUUUUCUAAUGAUCUGCUGCCAGUCAUGUUGAGUAUGUAUGAUGUAAAGUUGAGAUCUUGUGAAAGCAGUCUAAAGUAGCUCAUUAUCAUGUAAAAAUUGAGAAAAUUUGAUGUAUUGUUGCAUGUACCACUUAGGAUCUCCUUACAAUAAAACAUCUUUAUUUAUUUGACUAACUUAUUAUGUUCACCCUUGUGAAAUGUCCAUCUGCCUAUCUUCCCUUUUUCCAGUUAAAUUAGUCAUUCAUUCAAUAGACAUAAAAGUCUUAGUGUGAACAUGACAACAGGUCUGGUUCUCUAUAAAAGGCUUAAUAAGUGCAGCUGGUCUUUUACAUUGAAGACUGAAUUAGGGAGGCUUCUGGCUCUGUUUCCUGUUUUGUCGCUGCCUUUCUGCACCUGUCCUGGGUGCAGAUUAUCAGCACCAUGGUCAGCUCCUGCCAGCAGCACAGAACUGAAGCCUAUAUAUUAGCCUUACAGAAUCUGAACCCAGUGAAAAGAACCAACAUGGCUGCCACUGUCCUUGAUAGGCUGAGGGGAUGAAUGAAGGUCUCGCCUCCCUGACACUGAUACUUUCCCUGUGAAAGAGCAUCCAGCUCAUUCAGCUGCAGCACUUUCUUUGAGGGUUUUUUCUCCGAGGAGGCAGUUGGUUGACUCUAUUACUUUUAGCUAAAAUUGAUAGCUCAGCAUGGAUUAGGCUGAGGUCAGGGAACUUAACAAGGUAAACAAACACUUCAUCUCCGAACGAAUAAAACUAUUCCUAAAUGGGUUUAACUUUUUGUGAAGCAGGGGUAGGACAAUAGCGCAAAAGAGUUGUUUUUUUUUUCCUACAAUAACGUGUUUAUCACAGUAAAUCACAUAAUAAUGCCAGUCGAUUGGGGGGUGGGGGUUACCCCCAUAAUGGCGGAGACCCGAAAAGACCAAAGAGUUCAUAAGUAAAGCAUUAAAACGGUUGACUGAAAUCCAAUUAACCUUCCAGCCCUCUAUAUUACAAGUGACAGGACUUACUUUAACCCUGAAGUGAGCAAAGUAAAGCAAAGACAGACCCUAAAUCGCAUGGCCUACCACACAUCAAUUAUUGGCCACCACAACCUAUAGGGCACAGCCAUCCUCAACAGACCCAGGCUAUGUUUAGAUUAGCUCCAGGUAUGAACAACGCUGAUACUACCUACACUACCACAUGACCCCCCCAUGUCCACCACUACUCCGACAUGGCGAUAGACAGGGACAAAUGGGCAGUAAGAAUAAGGCUGUACGCUUCACCUCCCCCUACUCUCCAAUUCUCUGAAGGAAAAGAGGAGAGAGAUAAAGAAAGACAAAACAGUCCAGAGACUAAAGGAAGGAUGACAGAGUCAGGGUGGGGAGCCCAUUGGUUCUAGCUCCCACCUUGCCCAUGCAAAUUUCCCUGCCGUGGGAUGAAUAAAGGUUUAUCUUAUCUUAUCUUGUCUUAUCUGAUCCUCAGCAGAUUAGGUGGCACGUUUUACCUCCUCCCAUUCCCACAUAGAACUUUUUUGUUGAAGCAAGCAAAAAAAGUUUUUGGCAAGCUCUGGCUAUAGCACAGUUGACAAAAUACUUCUACAACUCAAAGUUAAAAUCUUCACUAGGAUGCCAGUGUUGACCUGUAAAAACAGCCUUCGAACCGAAUAUGGAAGUCAAAGAAACUAAUAGCAGAUUCUUGGCUGGAUAUUUAAUUACAACUGAACGCUUAGCAAGACUUUUCAAUUAGUCAAUCAUAAGGGAGUAAAUUCCAUAAAUCCUCCUCUGCUUUACGGUCUGUUUGAUUCUAUCUAAGUUCAUAAUUUACGAACUGUACAUCAUCCUGCAUUUAAAAAAGGCAGACAGCUCCCACUGAAAUCAUAAUCCCGUUUUGGCAACAUGUACUGCUGUAAUAAAUCAUCUGAUAGCAGACUUCAGUGAAAUCAAACCACUUAAGGAAAAAACCAGGAUUUGGUUCUUGCUGGCCUUCAGAGAGACAAGAGAUUUGCUUAUUUUCUGACCUUGCCACAUCCUUGUCUUAGUUCAGUCUAUGCUCUCAUCUCCUGGUUGGAAUUCUUCUCUCUAAUUGUCAGUAGAUCAGACAGAUGGAGUCCAAUCAGAUUCACCCCCAGAGAGGCUGCAGAUAGCAGGCUGAACAACAACUUAUGAAGCUGGUCACUGAUCUCAGUGACCUCCUGCAGUCUGGGGAUUGAACUUGAUCCCAAGUGUACUCUCACCUUCAACUCAAAAACAGUGUGGAUGAAUCACUAAAGGUGUCCCAAGAGUUCCCCAGUGGUCUUGAUGUGGUUCUCAGGUCUGUUGCACCAUUAUUCACCACAAAAGGGCCUGAUAACUUCUUGAAAUAGAUUUUGAGACAUAAUGAUACUCUUCAGGGUUUACAGUAGCUCUUGAUUGGAUUCUUGUGAUCCAAUAAGCAUCCUUAUUGGAUCAUUACAUUAGUGGGUUUUUAGGUGGAUCCAGGGAUGACUUAGGUACUGUAGUGUUUGCAGUGGUUGAAAGCAUCUCUGGUUCGUGUUACUUGUUCCUUGGCCUGUUCUAGUGGUUGUGUUUCAGGCUCCUUUGUUUCUUGGUGGGUUUUUUGAUGACUUUGAAGAUUUUCAUGAUAAUAUUUUAAGACAAUAUGUGGUUCUGAAGUAUACAGGCUCUUCAGUUUGUCAUGUGAACAAUUUCAGUGCGACUGAAGAGGUUAUUUCGUGCUGAGUUUGUAAGUUCUUGAUGGUGUUUUAGGGGUCCUUAUUAGACAACAAAUAAUUCUGAAAGGGUAUCCAGUGUUCUGAGGACUGUGAAAUUUUGUUCUCAGGGUAGUUUUGGUGCUCCCUAUGUGUUGAAAAUGAGUUUCAAGGGAGCGUCCAACUGGAGGUCCAAAAAGUAUCCCCUGAGGACCUAGGGGUUUAGGUGUUGCUUAGAAUUGCUCCAUGCAUCCAGAGUUAGAAAUAAGAAAGUUCUUGAGAGUUUUGUACUUGAUUGAGUGGGUCUUUGUGUAUGCCAGUUGUUCUUGAUUGAUUUUCAAAGGCUUCUCGUUGGGUUAUUAGUGGUUCUUGUGCAGGAUCAACGAGAACAAGUCCAGUGUUCUCAGACUCAAGGUUAUCAAAUUGCCUUGGUGUUUGGCAUGUUCCUCAGCUUUGUGGUAUAGUUGGUUUUCAUGGAUGUCUUGAGGCCCUUUUGAGAGAUUUGAGGGUAAAUUCUGGUGGAUGUGUGCUUGGAUACUUAAAGACAAUUUUUGGUUGUGGUAAGGGUUUUAGCAUGUUCCUUGUAUGUUUUGAGACAUUGCAGGUAUCUUUUAUUAGAUGUUGGAGAGGUUCUAACGAGGUCUUUGGGAGUUUAUUGAGUUCUAGUUUGGAGGAGAUUGUGAAUAACUGCAAGGGUUUCCAGGGGGGCCUAAGUGGAGGUUCCUAGGGUCUUAAGGGUUCGAGAGUACCUCAUAAAGUGAUUUCAGGGGGUUUGAAGUAGUAAAUGAAGGUACAGUUUAAAAAUGUUAAAAAUGUGCUCAAGUAAUCAGAGACCACGGGCUCAUUCAAAAAGCCACACCUCAACAACUUCAGAAUUCUUAUUUGAAAUGAAGCUCUGAAAACAUUGAAUUGAGGUUUUGAAAGAUGCCAGAUUCUGAUUUUUUUUAGCAUAGCUACCAAGCUUUGAGGGGGACAGUAUAAAGCCCAAAAAGGAGCAUAAUAACCAGUCUAAAGUGCUAAAAGUGCAUUAGUCUCUAUUUAACUGUUAUUUUCUACAAGAUAAUGCAUGUAGUUUUGCUACUAGCCACGAGAUGCCGCCAAAGAGCCACUGCCUGAAUCGCAUGCAAAAACGACCUAUUUCAGAAACUCCUCGGCCGUAUAUAGCAAGGGUGGGCGCGGUGUCCUCAGUGCGGUGCAUCUCGGGAGAUUGUGUUCCUUUUAUGAACUUAGCUGGGUAAAGAAGCCCGUAUGAGCUUGGUGAAAAGACUACAAGUCCCGCACAUUGCAGGACGAGACGUUUCACCGCCUGACUUUACAAUACAAGCACAGAGGUGACCCUUCCAUCUAGUCCGUCUCUGAGCCGGGAGAACAGGCACCCCAGACCCAAAGCAUCUCCAUCCGUGAGCAAAAAUGGUAAGCCGAGUCAACUGACAGAUUAUUGAGGUGGUAAACGACAAUAGCCGAGCAAUACCUAUGUGCAACUAUUAAUAGUUAAGAUAGGCGUGAAACAAUGCAUAAGUAGUUGACAUUGAAAAGAGGGCGGAAGAGUUAUACUUAAAAUUUCACUUUAUGUAAUGUUGUUUUGUGUGCUUUAAUUCAGGCUUUUCUUCACGCCGAAUCCCCGAUUACAGUGAAACACUGUUAGCAGAGCUGUGUCACGCACUCUGUUGCGCAGCUAUAAACCGCAGUUUGAAGAUGAAGGUUGAAUGAAAAUCCGCCAAUGGAGCUUUUUGCAUCCGCAGCAGAGAGUACAUUUGUUUCUGCACUUUCUUUACACUUCAUGAGAUCCGCGCCUCCAUCUUAAUCCGUGGCAUGGCGUCGGCGUCGGGUUACAUGAUCGGACCAUUCUUUUAUUCAAUAGAGGAGACCAAUCAUGAGGCGAGACAAUCCAAAUUGACACCCGCUCCAAUUUAACAAACCAGAGCGUGUCAGAAAAGUUGGGAUAAUUUUAAAACAUUUUAUAGGGCGUUUUCUAAAUGUACCAAAAAACUAGCUUGAAUUCGGCUUGUAUGAUGAUCUAUUUGAACCGGUAACAGAGCUUGAACCACUGUCUUUUCAGCUGCACCUUUAGCUGUUCAUUUUCUCAUAGUUCUGCGAACCGAAUUAAAAGCUAAUUUUUAUUACGCUGAAUCGCCCGCCUGGUUGUUUUUGUGCAUGCCGAAUUAAAGAAUGGGAUCAACUUUAUCAGUUAUACUAUAAAGUUCGACUGAAUAGGGUAGCUACCCUUGUCAGUGUGCAAGGUCAUGGUUCAUUGAGCGUUUUUCUGAACGGGGUUUGGUGGUGACUUUCUUCGUACAAAGGGUCCACGGUGGGGGGGAGUAAAGGCCCGUGAGCCCACUUAUCUUGGGUUAUGUUAAAGGUAUGUGCUAAAAAUGAAAAUGUUGAUCUAAAAAGAGUUGUAUUAUUUUAAGCAUUAUGUUAAAGUAGUCAAGUAAAUUCCUUUGUAAUUUUUUAAAGUACUUUGAAAUUAAAAAAAUUACCGAAUGUUUUAAAUAGACCUGUGAUACAUCACCGAAACAAAUGGUGUUUUAAUUUAGUACUAAAACAUCAAAAAAUUGGUGACAUAUGAAAGUUAUUUACAAUAUUUAAAAUAUUUGAGAUCACUGUAAUACGCCAAAAAAUGCUUCUAUAUUUAAAUAUUUUAAUUAAUUCUGAAAACAAAAGUUGUGUAAAAUAUUUCAAAUAUUUAAAAAAGUCCAAUUCGUCUAAAAAUGUAAAAAUAUUACAAACGAAAGUUCUUAUUUGGAAAAUAUUUCAGAUUUUAUAAACAAAAAGUUAAUAUUUGUUAAAUUUUUACAACUUGGUUAAAAAAAAGGCAGAGUUCACCAUAUUUAAAAAAUAUAUUCAUCUGAAAUAUCUUAGAUUAAUUUAUUUGAACAAUAGUUUCCCCCUAAAUGAAUUUAUUUUAUGAAAUUAUGUCUUCACAUAAGUAACACCCUAGCAAGUAAUUAAAUACUGGUUUUGUAACAUGAAAACAAACAACAGUUAGUGACCUAGCCAGUUUUAGUUAAUGCCUGUUGCUUCUGCUACAUUUCCUCCCUCUUGUGUGUACUUUCCCCAUCUGUAAAUGCAAUUUCGUUGUGCACAGUUGCAAUGACAAUAAAAGACCAUACCAUACCAUGACAUACAUGAAACAAACACAUUUUUAUCUCCUCAGGCUGAACCAAUCCGUGUAGUGGUGACCGGCGCUGCGGGCCAGAUUGCCUAUUCCCUGCUGUAUAGCAUUGCUAAGGGAGAUGUCUUUGGGAAGGACCAGGUAAGAAUGAGCCUCCUCUCUCUAUGGUUACAUAACCUGCAGAGCCCCCACCCCCCUGGAGCUUGCAGCACAGACAGCUGGGCGAUGCUGUGUGUGUUGUUACAUAAUGUACCCCAUCAUGAAUUAUACAUGGUUUACAUGGGGAUGGCUUCAGUUAGAUUUGGGUCCUCAUCAGAGUCAGAUCAAGGAAAUCUUGUAAAGGAGAUGAGCUCAAACAGAAAGAAGAAUAGCAUCUUAUUCCAGGAUUGUUUUGUUUAAGGUCAGCUUAACUAUAACCCAUCAUGAGGCACGAUGAUAAGAACCAGCAAGUGAUUUUGACUAUCAUACCAGUGUUUCUGUGCAACAGUAGAGCCUCUCUUGGGGAUCAGAGGUUCUGCAGCUUUAUGAAUGAACCAUCUAACAAUUGAAGGAGCACUGUAAUUUUUUUUUCAGAAAACCUUUAAAUCAAUCAAAAUAGUUCAUUAAUUUUUUUGUACUCUGAAUAAAAGUCUGAAAAUAUUUUGAGGGCCACUGAACUGACGGUGUGCUCAAAUGAAAAUGAAAUGGAAGUAAUCAAAACACUUUAUAAUUUCUGUUAGUUUUACUUUCUACUUUGAUGUUCUGUCAAUUUCAACAGUUUAAUGAUUUUAAAAUACUUUUUAUGUCUUUUUGAUUUUAAGAGACUAUAUGUCUCUUUGAAUUGCCUUGUGUAUGUAUGGUGCUAUACAAAUAAACUUGCCUUGCCAUAGUUAUAAUCAAUUUUAGAGAUAUUCAGAGCAAUUCUUCCCCAGAAUGGUGGCUGUAAAGAUAUAAUGCACAACAUUCACUCUUUUUAGGCCUCAAAGAUGUUACUGUAGAGGUGGGAAAACUUGUAUCCGUGUUAUUUGUCUAAACCUGACCUCUCUGCUUCCUCGACUGUGUCCCUUGAGACCUUGAAAGUCAUCUACAGACUUUGAUGUGUGCCCUGACCUCGUGCACUUUACCUCUGUUUAUUAAAAACACCACCUGCAGGGGAAUCUCACCUGUAUGUAUGUUCCCCUUCCUUUUCAGCCAAUCAUCUUGAUCCUUCUGGACAUCCCUCCCAUGCUGCCUGUGCUGGAAGGAGUGGUCAUGGAGCUGCAGGACUGCGCCCUCCCCCUGCUGAAGGGUGAGUCAGCAGUGUGUGUUUGAGCUUAAACACGGACCUGAUCUUUUGUUAAACAAAAUGCAUCAAGCUUUAAAUGUUGUUAAAGGGAUAUUCCAGCAUAAAUUUAAGUUAUGGUCAAACACACCGUAACCGAGUUAGACAAUGAAGUUGGUAUAACUGGUGCAAAGAAUUUCAGAAGCGCUCUUUUAGACUUCUUAUGCCUGCAGCAAUGAACAGGCUGUAGCAGGUUCAACAGAAAAAAAUGUACAUGUCCAAACUACUUCCACAAACCGUUCAGUCAGGAUGUUCCAGGAUGUGCAGUGUCACCACUGUCACCACUGUCACCCCUUUCUCGCUUUUCUACACCAUUUUUGCAGUAACAUUUGUGUCUUAUGUCCUUUUAACUCUCCCUCAGUGUUUAUCUGCAACCCUUUCACAUUUAAGACAAAGGCAUUGAUCUAGAUACUUUAAAAAAUGUGUGGACUUAGUGAAACUUGUUGUUUUGCACUGUUAUAGGCCUGCAGAACCAAUGAAGCUGCAGCAUUAUAGGGGUACAAAGUUAAGACUGAACGUCAUGGGGGGCAAAAUUUCAUAUCUUGAGAUUCAUGCCUGAUAUCUCAAUAUCAAUACGAUACAAUAUAACUAUGGGUUCAGUGAAAAUUACGAUUUUCUUAGGAAAAUAAAAAUGUAAUAUAAAAGGAUGUGGAAAGUGCAGUUUUAGUGAUUACACCUUGUGGAAAAUAUAUAUCAUUGAUAUUCUUGAUAUUGCAAUAUUAAUAUCUUGAAUGUUCGUAUAUCUUUCAGUCUCAGUACAGAGGGAGUGCAGACUUCAGUGGUCAUAGAUGGCAAAUAGAGGAAAAUGUGGAAAUAGUUGGCAGGUCUACUUGGGUGGCCUGCCAAAGUAUCUGACCAUUUCUGAUGGAACAAAAUGUUGUUUAGUGGGAGUAAUGGGUUGAUUCUAGUACUGGAGCAACUCUGAAAUACAAGUUUGCAUAUAUCUGUGUCAGUAUUGGUGGAAUGAGUCUGAAAACAUUGCCGCAUCAGAUAUCUGCAAGAAUGGUAUCCCUGAUUAUUUUGCAUAUAAGAGCAAGGCUUAAGUUAUAUAAUAACAGACUUUUUUAAAAGGACUCAAUGAAACAAGUGAUUAAACUGAUUUUGUGCAUGCAUGUGGAGGGAAAAUUUGACCACCUAGUUAUACAUCAAUUAACCAAAUUCUGAGCAAAAACAAAGAAGGUGUGUGAUUCAGUGUUGUUUCUCUGCAGUGGAGCCUGGGGUUGUUGUAGCUGUAGCCAUAACAGUCAUGUGUUAACCUUCAGAUAAGAACAGAGUAUCGCAGUCAGGUUAUAAAUAAAGAAAGCUACAUCAGUCUGCAGCCGCUAACACUGUCAAUCACACUUCUCACCUGCUGCACGCUUUAAACAACGAGGCAAGGCAUCUUUAUUUACAUAGCGCAUUUCACCAUGUCUGCUUGUGGUUGUGUUUUUGUCCUCCAUAACCUCUGCUGCUGCUGCUGCUGCUGCUGUGUGGCGGAAGGAAGGAGUGUCUAUAACAAGGCCUCUGAUUGGCUGAGAGCUCGGGCUUCACAGCAGCCAAUCAGAGGGGUGGUGGGACAACAAUGAACAGAGGGGAAGUGAACUCUGAGUGAAGUCCGAGCUGAUAACAACGGCUUACUCCUAAUAAUCAAAUGUGUGUUAUCGUUGGGAUCAGCCGAGGUUGCAGGGAUCUCUAAGAGAGGCUGAGUUUCAAAAUGUAAACAAGAAGAGGAUGUUUGAAUUUAAUAAAGCUUCAAUGAUUAAAAACAUGAUUUCUAAUUUGACUGUGUUGAAAAAAUACAGAUGUUUUCAAUGUUUCUGGAAAAAUAGUACACCAGUAAAUCAGUACACCAGUACGUCAUCUCAGCCUUAUCAAUACGUUGGUAAAGCAGUGCAGCGUCUGCCUGGACUGAUAAGACACCUCCCUGUUCAAAGGGCUGAUAAGGACAGUCAAUCAAAACCACUCUGAGGGAAAUCAUUUUGGUGUCAAAGAGAUAUUCUUUCACAAUAAGAUUAUUGGUUCAGUUUUUUAAUAGCCAGCACUCUGUAAGAUCUACACAUAAACAUACUAAGAACAACAACAACAACAAAAACAAAGUACAAAGACGUGAUGAGAAAAAAGUCCAAAAUAGUAUAACAAAGAUUAAAGAUAAUCUUAAAUUAAAACUUAAAAUCUUUAAGCCACAAAUACUCUGUCUCCUUUCUCCACAGAUGUGAUCCCCACUGACAAGGUGGAGGUGGCUUUUAAGAAUGUGGACGCUGCCAUCUUGGUGGGCUCCAUGCCCAGGAAGGAGGGGAUGGAGAGGAAGGACCUGCUGAAAGCCAAUGUGGCGAUCUUCAAGACUCAGGGUGCCGCGCUGGAGCAGCACGCCAAGAAGACCGUCAAGGUGACCUCUCUCUCUGCAAACUUACAACUGGCACUGUUAUUUUGGUUAUUUGUGUAUGGAUGCAGGAAUGUCUUGCUUGAAAGGUCGUUUCACUCAAUCUCAAGUGUUUCAAAGAAGACCGCAGCUGACAAACAGACUCACCUUUCUGCAGAGCUCUAAUCUGCUGAAAUAACAGCGUUUCUCUGAGUGUUUGUCAUUUUUAGCUCACACUGUAAUGCUCACCAAUCCCCUCAUGACCCAAAGUCCUCCAUGAGGCCACAGAAGUCAAAGGUUAAAAAGUCACAUGACUGGAAUCUGUGGAGAAGAGAAAACAGGCUGAUGUUAAAUCCUGUGAAGCUUUCUUUACUUUCUCUGCAGCAGAAACUCUCCGAUAAACAAUAUCUGGACCUUACAGGGGAGAACAAGUCCAGGCUUCAUUAUGGAGAAAAAAACCUGUAAAGAUUUAACAAUGAUAUUUAAUCUGUCCUCUACAGAUGGCUUAUGCUGAGCUUCAACCAAAUGAUGUUCACAGCCCCAGACUAAAAAUAGUCUUGAGUAAAUCUUGGAGUUUUACUGGAGUUUAAGUUUAAGGUGGUAAUCUGCGCUGUUUCAUAAAAGUCUUUUCCUAGUCUUUGAUAUUAUAGCAAGUCGCAGUGACGUAACACAACCAGCAACCAAUAGAGGAGCUCUAACAAAAGCGGAAAAGGAAACCUGACAGUCAAAACAAGAAUGUAUGAAGACUAACUGGCAAUAAUAAAUAAAGAGCGGAUAGUGGAGCUGUGGACAGAUCAGCCUUGCCUAUUCAACGUCAUCUGCUGGGUUUUCCCCUACACAGCUGAAUAAAAGCCGCCACACCUCAACAAUAAAGUUUUUUUACGCGCUGCCUUGGGACUCAGUAUGUAUCAGUACAUAGGGCGCACACGGGCUACACCGCGGGACACGCGUGCCGAGUAUUAGCAUUAGCGAGUUCCGAGUUGUCAUAUGCGAACACGCAGCUGAUUAAUGAGCCCCCCCUUCAAAUUACACACCACCACAGAUAGAUUCCCCACCAGUGGGAAACACUGAACUAUCAAAAAAUGCUAAAAGAACCUAGUUAUAGUCUUGUAAAUAGUGACCCAACAAGAUUCACAGUCUUUGUAGAAUCUCUGUCUGAGAUUAAAACCUCUAAACACUUGUCUUUAGAUGUGAGCAGGUGUGAGCUGAUGGUUUUCCAGGAGUCUUUUCUGAAUCUUCUAGAAGUCUUCUGGUGGAAAGCUGGCCUUACGUUUCACAGUAAAAUUGUUAGUUUAAGGCUUUUUUAUGCUCGCCAUAAAUAUGAAAAUGUAAGUGUCCAUUUCAAACAAUGGUUCUGUCACUGCCCACAUACCUCCAUGUGUCCUUUAUGUUGGCAUGAAUGUUAACCAUUACAUCCACCAGGGGGCAGGCUGGGGUCAUAAGUUUCUGACGACAACAAACAAAAAGAAACAUUGCGACUGUGUAGGAGUUAGUGAUAAUGUAUAUUUUGCAUAGGAGACAGAAAUGGAGUCGGUGUUGGAGCAGGCGGUGGUCAGUCAGGCCACUAAAUGCCUGGCGGUUGAAGACGGAGAAUUCCUUCCUCUAGUUGUACCGAUGAGAGAAAUUGACGAUGAUCCUCAAAAAACCUCGCCAUUUUCUUCUUCGUUUCUCUCUUGAGGUGCGUAUCGGGUAGUGACAGCAGCAACUCUGCCCCCACGGUUUCUGGUGGUACUGCUCCGUCUGGCCCAUAUCCGUAAACUUUAAGGAUUCGUGCAGAAAUACGGACGAAAAGAACGCGAAGCACGGACAGAGAGCUCUGUCCGUAUCCGGGUCCGUAUGUAACGUUGAGCAAAAUGAGCCUUUACAACUAACUCGUAGCCAGCCCUCUUACCGCCAGAGAAAUACUGAGCAACAUUCACUCGGUGUAAGAAGGUUUGUGUUUUUGGGGCCCCUGUUUUUUUUUUUUUUUACAGUGACCUAAAACUCUGUUAACAUGUUUCCAAAAGUAUCUGCACAUGUGUAGACGGUGCCACAGCGUUAACUAUCAGAUCAGGCUGAGAUUUAAAAACCCAUCAGGUUGUUACUUAAUCUGGACUUCUUAAACAGCUGCAGGGUCCUCUGUCUCGAGAAACUGUUUCAGAUGUCUCUGAGGUUUUUUUUUUUUUCUGUGGUAAAUCAGAUACGUGGUCAGUCUGAUUGAGUGAUUUUGUUUUUUCAGGUUCUGGUUGUUGGAAACCCGGCAAACACCAACUGUCUGAUUGCCUCCAAGUCUGCUCCAUCCAUCCCCAAAGAGAACUUCUCCUGCCUGACCCGCCUGGACCACAACAGAGCCUGCUCCCAGGUACACACUCUUAAACAGCCACAGGUCUGGCCUCAGCAGUAAGUUGUACUUGUUUGUGACUCUGCUGCUGUUUGUGUGUCCCUCCUUCAGGUGGCGAUGCGUUGUGGCGUCUCCUCUGACCACGUGAAGAAUGUCAUCAUCUGGGGAAACCACUCCUCCACCCAGUACCCCGAUGUGCAUCACGCCAAGGUCAACGUCAGCGGCUCUGAGAUGGCUGCCUACGACGCCGUGAAAGACGAGGCCUGGCUCAGAGGAGACUUCAUCUCUGUGAGUCUCAGGGUUAUUUCAGGGUCAUUUCCUGUUUUCUUGUGGUGUUCAGAUCCCACAGACUGUCUUCCUCCAGGUUUCACUCCCUGUUCUCUUUUCAAACCUCCUCUUCUUCACCUUCCUCUUUCAGACGGUGCAGCUGCGUGGUGCGGCCGUCAUCAAGGCCAGGAAGCUGUCCAGCGCCAUGUCUGCCGCCAAGGCCAUCUGUGACCACAUGAGGGACAUCUGGUUCGGCACCAAGGAGGUCAGUGAGGCCGGGCAUAUAUGAUGAUAUGAUUUCACUGAACAUAAAAAAUAUUUCAUGUAUCAAACAUUUUACAAAACACUAAAAUAUUUUGCAUGAAUACAAAAUAUAUUUUGGAAAUAUGGAUAAAUGUGAAAACAAACUUUGUGAAUAAUCAGAACAGUUAUUUCUGUAUUUUGCAGUCUUUCUCAUUUUUUGACCCUGUUGGAAAUUUUCGUUUUGUUGUUUUUAUUUCACACUGACUGAAUCUGUUGCUAUUUUCCACCUCAGGGUGAAUUCAUCUCCAUGGGAGUUUACGCCAAAGGAAACCCCUAUGGCAUCCCAGAGGACCUCAUCUACUCCUUCCCCGUUCAAAUCAAGGUGAGUCUGCCCAUUCACAAACCAGGGCACAGAAAUGACUGAUGAUGUGACAGUGGAUCCAGAACUUCACUUAAAGUCACAUUUUAACACAUUUAAGUAUUUUCUACUGCUAAGUAUAGACCCUUUUGGGGUGGAGGUCAUGACAACAUCAGUGUUAGCUGCAGGCAAAGAGAUAAAACUGGGGCCACUUCCAUAUGUGGUCCUGAAUCAGAUACAGAUCUUUUUUUUUUAUUUUUUAUUUUUUAUGCAACCUGAGUGUGAGCAGCCAAGGCGGAUUUUAUACGUUCACAUCACUAUUUAGAGCGACAUAAGUUACAGUUCUGUGUGGCGGCAGCCCUGCAAAAAUAGAGGCUAGCAAGGGUGGAGCAAGUCAGUGUAGGGACAGAGAGAAGGCAUAUCAAAAGAACUUGCUAAUAAGGACACAGAAGAAUGUGGCUGCAGUAUCAGCAAAAAGUAACCACGGUAAAGUUAGUUUUAGGUUGGAUAUUCGAGUGAUAUUUGAUGGUGAAUGUCCAUUGAAUAUCUAACCUAAAACCUAACUUCACCAUGGUCAAAAAGUAAAGAGCCUUAAAGCUAAGUUUAAAGAAGCUAAAGAUUCACAACAACCGGAGUGACCAUGUUUUGGGUGAUAAACUCAGCUGUCAGCUGUUGGAGCUGCUGGAUAGCUAUCAGGAAGCAGGCGAAGAGGAGCCUGAAUCUCCGAGGAGCAGAUCAAGUUCAGCGAACAACCUAGAUAUAAUACUGCCUUCUUCCAUGUUUACAACUGUGCAACAGUGUGUUGCAUCUGAAUUUGUUAUUCUUUUGCGCAUGCAGGCAGUUAAGAGUCCCAAACAGUUCACAUUGGAAUCUGAUACAGGUCACAUUAUAAAUGGUAGUGUGAACAGCCAAACAAAAAAUUGGAUCCAAGCAAAGAAAAUCAGAAUUGAGCUUUAAGUCCUACAGUCUGAAUGUAGCCUUAGAGUCCUGCUGGAGCUAUAGGGCCUCAGCAGGUCUCUGAUAUAAGCUGGAGCCUGUCCAUGCCAAGCUCUGAACACAAUAACAAGUAACUGAAAUUGGAUUCUGAAUUGAAUUAUUAUAAUUAUAAUCCUGAUUUAAUGUUUUUCUUGCCACCUUAAUCUCAUACAACUCACUUGUUGUAUUUCUGAUUUUUUUCUGUCGACUUUAAUCUGUUAGUCUGAUGACGUCAUCCUCCCAUGACUCAUCUUUUUUAAUUUAAUUAAUAAAUGACCUCUAAAUUUCUCCUCUGUAACCCUGUCACAGAACAAGACCUGGAAAAUGGUUGAUGGACUCCCCAUCAAUGACUUCUCCCGCGCCAAGAUGGACGCCACAGCAGCUGAGCUAGUGGAGGAGAGAGACACCGCCCUGGACUUCCUGUCCCAGUGACUGUCACCCCCCGGUGACCAACAACAGCAACAGCACUUAGACGCCGCGACGACUCCCUGCUCGCGGCUCUGAUGAAGAAGAAACCUUUCAUUCUUAUAAACCGUCCCAGCUGCCGACUGUGUGUCACCUUUGUGUGUGUGUGUCGAUGUGUGUGAGUGUGUCAUCAAGGCCACUUCUUCAGGUUCUCAGAUUAAACCUGUUUAAUGACCACAUCCUGACCUCCUCUUCCUCAGUCUGAGAGGCGCUGAGUUGAAUGUCUGUUGGUAGACGACAACGCACACUAGCUGUUCAGAAACUGUAACGGAACAAGUUAUCACCAAUAAAACAACCAGGAAACUUAAACGACAAAACUCUGACUCGUUAAUGCUUCUGUAAUUCUCACUUUUACUGCUAUGAAAGUCAGACAUGCAGCUGAUCUGAACUUGAAUACAUACGUCCCUACCUUCCAAACCACCAGACCAAGUUGUUGGUCCACAGCUGCCUCUAAUGGUCCCAUAUGUUUCUGCUUUUGUGAUGUUCUGGAUCCAAGAUAACAUUUAACAUAAAAAAAGUCAAUGUCAUGGUGCAAGAGAAAAACCAGCAGGUCCCCCAAUAUUACAUGUCUGCAGAGUCUGAGAGCCCAGUAGAUCCACGGCUGUGACAGAUCCACAACCCUCUUGGUGCCCCUGCUGGGCUAAAACAUACCAUAAUCAUUUCACAAACAUAGGACACAUCUUCUUGUGAACAUGUUUUUUUAAUUGAAACUACAGAUAGUAAUAGUAGUGCAGGCUCUGAUGAGCCCUCUAAUUUCAACCCGAGAAAAUAUUUGCAAACUUAACCUUCGUGGUUGACAGCUCGGCUGAAAUGGUUUCGUAGGUGAAUUUGUACAGCGCUUAACUUUGUUGGCUUAAAAGAAAUGCAGAAUGGACAGUGGUACUUGUUGCAGCAGGUUUGGCACCGAACCAGUUCGGGCAGUGCUCUCCCUUCUUGAAUCUUGCUGUUUAUUUUUACAAGAAAUCUCCAAAGGAGGACACAGUUUUUUUAGAUUAUUUAUUUCUAUUUUUUUCUGGGUUUUUUCGGCCCAUUUACUGUGCAGUUGUGCACAUUAGGAAGCCAGUUGAGGGAAGGUAGGGUCUGUGAUUUAAAUGGUUAUAAUUUUGUAUAUAAUAUAUCCAUCUUUUAAAUCACCCAGUUGUGUAUGUGUCUGGUUUCUCUGCAGAUACGUGCUUUCAGGCUCUGUAGCUGUUUUUAGAUCUUUCAGAUACUGGCUCAAUAUUAAACUAUAAAGUUAUACUUAAACUAAAAAGGUUCAUUUAGUCUGUUGAUGAUAAAUUAUACUUAGCUAGAGUAACCGCUGCACUUGCAAUGACUUAUUCUGACUACAGAGAGGCAGCAUUGAGCCAGUCUCUAAAGUGACAUGCAAGUUUAAUAGGAUUUUUGUGAAGUUCAGCCUGUCUGUUCUUUACUACAGAUGCAGCUUUUUCUGGAUAACAGACAUUGUUAUCAUUAUCAUUUUGUUAUAUUUUUUUUCAAUGAGAAUAUUUGUCCCCAUUUUUCUGAAUUUACAAGAUAAUUACCUCAUUAAUUAAAAAAGUAAACGUAA